AUGGAACCUUUUCCUGUCCCAGUCGUUAAGCUGUUAGUCCACCAGCUGACACUUGUGAAUCAACUCCUCCCAACAAACCCAUACUCUGCCACAAAAGCUGAACCUAAUGUGAGGAGUUAUUUAUAUUGUGAAGAUGUUGCAGAAGCUUUUGAAGUCAUUCUUCACAAGGGAGAGGUAGGUCAUGUUUACAAUAUCGGGACAAAGAAGGAGAGGAGAGUUAUUGAUGUUGCCGAACAAAUAUGCAGACUUUUUUCCAUGGACCCAGAGAAAAACAUCAAGUUUGUAGAGAACAAACCAUUUAAUGACCAGAGCAACAAUCUGGUUGAAGCGGAUUGGGGAUUAUCUUUAAAGGAAGAAUUGAAAUUCCAGAAGCGACUUAUAAAUCUUAAGAAGUCUGCAAUUAAAAGCAUUCAAACAAGAGAUGGAGAUAUAUACGACUGUAUUGAUUUCUACAAACAACCUGGCUUUGAUCAUCCUUUUUGGAAGAAUACUACAUUUGAGAUGAAACAUAAGUUGUUUGUAGAAGGAAUGAGAGCCAAAAGGAAUUUACCAUUAAAUAUUGGGCUAAAAGGUGCAGGUUGUCCUUAUGGAACAGUUCCUAUAAUAAGAAUCAAUAAAGAUGACUUGGCAAGAGCAAAAAUGCUUUCAACAAUAUAUUCUUCAAAUAUAGAUGAAGAACCUGGACAUCAUUAUGCAAUACUUCGAACAAAAACUGACCCCAAUAGGAAGCUUGUUGGAAUUGAAUCAUAUUUUAGCUUAUAUAAUGCAAAAGGAGUCAUUGGAUCUCAGUAUAGUGAAUUCCGGAUGGCACUUUCAAAUGGUUUUGACACUAUAAAAACAGGUUUCACGAUUGAUGGAAGAACACAAUGUUUCAAUCAACAUUGUCCUGGAUAUGUGCAAAUAAAUUCUCAAAUACCUCUAGGUUGGGCGACAAAAGAGAUUUCUGUUGUAGGUGGAGAACAAUUUUCCAUUAAAUUGCGAAUCAAUAAGGAAAUACAUGGCGGGCCAAAUUCAACAAUUUUUUUUUGGACAUUAUACUUUGAUGAGGAGAAUUCUGUAAUUGGCUUUUGGCCCCCGGCAAUAUUUGGGAAAUUGAGUGAGUUUGGGAAUCAAGCCGAUUGGGGAGGAGAAGUGUAUAGUCCACUAGAUCAGCCUAGUCCCCCUAUGGGUAGUGGCCUGAGGUAUACAAGAUUUAGAGCUUAUAGUCGGCGAAUUGCAGCUGCGUAUGAGAAUGCAAAGUUUCAUUUUGUCAAUCCAAUAGAUACAGAGGUGUAUGCGUCUAAUCCACGUGCAUACAAUAUUCAUGAUUUUGGCUAUUAUGAUGAAUAUUGGAGACGUACUAUUUCUUAUGAUGGUCCUGGCGGAAUCAAAGGAGCUUGA